AUGAGAAAUCAUAUGGCGGCCGGGUGGUUUUAUUCACCCAGCCAAAUCGUUCGAUACUUUGCGACACGCGCCUCGAGUUUGAAACCACCGAAGAACCAGUUGAGGAACCCGAUUGCGAUUUUGCGCGAGCUGACAUCGCACCAAUGGCUCAUGUUCACAGCUGGGUUUCUGGGAUGGACGUGGGACUCGUUUGACUUUUUCACCGUGUCUUUGUGUAUCACUGAGAUUUCAGAGUCAUUCGGUGUAUCUUAUUCUGAUGUCUCUUGGAAGGGAAUGACUGUCACGCUCAUGUUGCGCUCAGUUGGGGCGAUUAUUUUCGGAGUUCUGGCAGACCGCUAUGGGCGCAAAUGGCCAAUGAUCAUCAAUUUGUUCUUGUUCAUCGUUCUUGAGCUCUGCUCUGGGUUCUGUCAGAAUCUGCCUCAGUUUCUCGGUGUGCGGGCCCUAUACGGGAUUGCAAUGGGAGGCCUCUUUGGCCCGGCAGCCGCGACUGCUUUAGAGGACCUUCCAUAUGAAGCACGUGGACUUCUCUCCGGCUUGUUCGAGAUGGGUUAUGCCACUGGAUAUCUCCUUGCCGCGGCUUUCUACCGAGCCCUUGUCCCAACGACCAGCCAUGGGUGGAGAAGUCUGUUCUGGUUCGGCGCAGGGCCACCAUUGUUAAUCAUCAUCUUCCGCUGGUACCUGCCGGAAACGAAUCAAUUCCAGGUCAUGAAGGCAGAGCGUGAAGCACGGGCAAAUGCAGGAAGUGGUGAUACCGCCCGCGCGAUGGGUCUGAAGGUGUUUCUGCGCGAUGCAGGGCGAGCUCUGCGUGAGAAUUGGGUCCUCUUCAUCUAUCUCAUCGUUCUCAUGACUGGAUUCAACUCCUGCUCUCACGGCAGUCAGGAUUUCUACCCCACGUUCUUGAAAGACCAAGUCGGAAUGGACGCAACCCAAACCACUGUUGUGACUGUCGUGGGUCAAAUCGGUGCCUUGAUUGGCGGCUGUACGAUCGGGUACAUCAGUACUUUCUUUGGUCGCCGUUUGACCAUGCUGGUCUCCUGUGUCUUUGGAGGCGCCAUUAUCCCCGCGUAUAUCCUUCCGCGGAACAUGUCCCUUGCAGCUUGUGCUUUUUUUGAGCAAUUCUUUGUCGGUGGUGUCUGGGGCCCCAUGCCAAUCCAUCUUCUCGAGCUCUCACCGAAUGCAUUACGAUCUCUCAUGGUCGGACUCACCUACCAGCUUGGUAAUCUUGGCUCUUCUGCCUCGGCCACGAUCCAGUCAAUCAUUGGUGAGCGCUUCCCACUCCCACCGGGGCCAAGUGGCAAGGUACGGUUUGACUAUGGCAAAGUCAUCGCCAUAUUCAUGGGCGCUGUGUGGGCUUUCAUUUUGUUCUUCCUCUUUUGGGGACCCGAAAUGUCCCAGGAAGAGCGAGACGAAGAGGCCGAGGCUGCUUUGCAACUGGAGAGCCUCCGCAAACAAGGAGUGAGUCUAGCAGAGAUUGGGCAGCAUCAAGUCAAGAAGGAAGCGAGCACUGAGAAGGAAGAAGAGCAAGCCCAUGUCGAGCACGUGUAG